CGCUUACACUGUAACGCAACUUCAACUUCCUGUUUUCUGGACCGGGGUCGAAACUGUAGAGCUUUGUAGCUUUUAACACGAGCUUCACAUCAGCGUUACUAGAUUAGUUGAAAGCGGUAAUCUAGUAACGUUGCUUCACAUCGCCUACUCGCCGUCUUGCGCUCCUUUCGGCUAAGCUUGGCGAAGCAAUACUCGGUCAGCAGGCAACCACAGUCAGUGAGAUUUCAAAGAUGGUAGACUACAGCAAGUGGAAAACAAUCGAGGUGUCGGAUGAUGAGGACGACACGCACCCCAACAUUGACACGCCAAGCUUGUUUCGAUGGCGGCACCAGGCGCGUGUCGAACGGAUGAACGAAAUGAAGAAGGAACGUGAGGAGUUCAACAGGAGGAAGGCCAAGCACGACAAAAUGCUGCUGGAAGCCCGCAAGCGAUGUGAGGGCAAGACUGGCAAAGACCUGGAGCAGGCAAAGCGAGACGUCGCGAAGCUCGAGAGGAAGGACAAGGAGCUGCGCAAGGAGAAGGAAGAGUUGGACAAAAAGGAGAAGCUGGCACCUUGGAAUGUUGAUACCAUCAGCAAGGAAGGUUUUCAAAAAACGAUUCUGAACAAGCCGAAACCAAAGGAGGAAGUCGUCUUGACAGAAGAAGAAAAGGAACAGACGCAGAAAAAAUUUGUGUCGGAGAACGAGUCGCUGCUGAAGCAGUUCGGGAUGCUGCAGAAGUACGACGACAGCAAGCGCUUCCUCCUGGAGCACCCGCACCUGGCGAGCGAAUACACGGCCAACUACUUGGUCCUCUGGUGCAUACGACUCGAGAUGGACGACAAGCACGAGCUCAUGGCCCACGUCGCCCACCAGUGCAUCUGCGUCCAGUACGUCCUGGAGCUCGGCAAGCAGCUCGAGGUGGACCCGCGAUCCUGCAUUUCUUCAUUCUUCACACGCAUCCAGAUGGCUGACCAACAGUACAAGGACGCCUUUGAAGACGAACUGAAGGGAUUCAAGGAACGUGUCCAGUUGCGAGCCCGAGAGAAGCUGGAAGAAGUGGUCAAGGAGAUUGAAGAAGUGAGUGUCAGUGAGUGCAAAGAAGAAGAACGGCAGGAGAGGCUAGGACCUGGCGGUCUUGACCCAGUUGAGGUGUUCGAGUCCCUGCCUGAGUCUAUGCAGAAGUGCUUCGAGUCUCGCGACCUGGACAUGCUGAAGGAUGUCAUCGCCAGCAUGCCCGAGGAAGAGGCCAGGUACCACAUGAAGCGCUGCGUCGACUCUGGCCUCUGGGUGCCUGACGCCAAGGCCGCGGAGGCGUCAGAGGCGUCGGCACCGUUGGAGGCGUCCUCCGAGACAUCAGGCGCAGAGUGAAGGAGGAAGGACCGCAACAAGGAUGAUGCCGUGCAUUAAUUGAGGCCAACACAAGCAAAGGAAUGCUAGAGCAGGAAAAAAUUUGAAUGCCUGGAGAUGUCCUUGUGCCGUGUCCAACGAGAUACUUCAAUACAUGGACACAAAUUAACUGCUUGUUUCUGUGCAUAAUGUUUUUGUUUUUGCUGUGUACAUAGAAAGCAUCGAGAUUUUUUUUUUUUUGUGAUUCUUAUUUUACUCCCCACUUUGCCGACACUUGGUAGGAACGCGUUUGCUGUUUUAACUUUGAGGAGAUUUUGCUUACGGAAAAGAAAAGGCUAACGAAAUCUUGACAGAUCAGUACUGGUAGCCAGGAUAAUGAGCAUCACAGCUUCUUUAUUUUCACAGAUGAAGAAAACUUGCCAAGAGACAUGCGCCUUUCUAUGCUUCCUGAAAAAUAGUCCACUAAUAAAUUGCUGCCAUGAUUUCUGAGAAUCGAAACUGGCGAGUCAUGUAAAUUUCUAUGUAAAAAAAAUUUUUUUUUGCUGGAAUAAAAUUGCACCAUUCACAUA